GUACUUUGUGCGUCACUUCCGUGAUACUUACACGCGGGGUUUCCUUUUCUCAGGCUUCUGCGUGUUUAUCGCGGACCAGCGCGUUUUAUAUCAUUUAUAUUUAUUAAAGUUUAACAGCUUCGUUUCACAGUCAUGGCAGCGGCACCUGUAAGUGGGAGGAAGCGACUCCUGAAGGAAGAAGAUAUGACUAAAGUGGAGUUUGAGACCAGUGAGGAGGUCGAUGUGACGCCGACGUUUGAUACGAUGGGCCUGAGGGAGGAUUUACUCCGUGGGAUCUACGCUUACGGUUUUGAAAAACCAUCAGCUAUUCAGCAGAGAGCCAUUAAACAGAUCAUAAAGGGGAGAGAUGUCAUUGCUCAGUCACAGUCUGGUACUGGAAAAACAGCCACAUUUUGUGUAUCAGUGCUGCAGUGUCUGGACAUUCAGGUGCGUGAGACCCAGGCGCUAAUUUUGGCUCCAACCAGAGAGUUGGCUGGGCAAAUUCAAAAGGUUCUCCUUGCUCUGGGUGACUACAUGAACGUCCAGUGCCAUGCCUGUAUAGGUGGCACGAAUGUGGGUGAGGACAUCAGGAAACUUGACUAUGGCCAACAUGUUGUAGCAGGAACCCCGGGCAGAGUUUUUGAUAUGAUCCGUCGGAGAAGUCUGAGGACACGUGCCAUCAAGAUGUUGGUUCUGGAUGAAGCUGAUGAAAUGCUUAACAAAGGUUUCAAGGAGCAGAUUUAUGAUGUCUACCGAUACCUGCCUCCUGCUACUCAGGUGGUUCUAAUCAGUGCCACCUUACCACAUGAGAUCCUGGAGAUGACCAACAAAUUCAUGACAGACCCCAUUCGCAUCUUGGUCAAGCGUGAUGAGUUGACACUGGAGGGCAUAAAGCAGUUCUUUGUGGCUGUGGAGAGAGAAGAGUGGAAGUUCGACACACUGUGUGAUCUGUACGACACACUGACCAUCACGCAAGCCGUCAUCUUCUGCAACACCAAGCGAAAGGUGGACUGGCUGACUGAAAAGAUGAGGGAGGCAAAUUUCACCGUGGCCUCUAUGCAUGGAGACAUGCCCCAGAAAGAAAGAGAGUCCAUUAUGAAGGAGUUCCGAUCUGGAGCAAGCCGAGUGCUGAUCUCGACAGAUGUGUGGGCUAGAGGGUUGGACGUACCACAGGUCUCUCUUAUCAUCAACUACGAUCUGCCCAACAACAGAGAAUUGUACAUCCACAGAAUUGGACGAUCAGGUCGUUAUGGCCGUAAGGGUGUGGCCAUCAACUUUGUAAAGAACGACGACAUCCGUAUCCUCCGUGAUAUUGAGCAGUACUAUUCCACACAGAUUGAUGAAAUGCCAAUGAACGUGGCUGAUCUGAUCUGAAGCUUUUAUGGAAGUGACACACAGGAUCCAAACCCUUUUAAUUUACAGUUCUUUUUGUUUUUCUUUUUUAUUUACUGUUGUCUGUUAAUGUAGCACAAGUUACUAGUUGUUGAUGGAUGAGCUGCUCCAAGUAGCUAUUCAGUUUGUAAAUAAAGAAUCUUUGUUGGAAA